GGGUAAAGUAGCAACUCUAAUUGGCAGAAAAGGAAGGUUCGAAGUUGAAAUCAGAAGAUGCAAAGAAGGCAACAACAGGCUGUGUUUGAAGAAUGGGUGGAAAGAGUUUGUCAAGCAAAACGGGCUGGUUGCCGGAGACUUUGUGGUUUUUAAACAUAUAAGCCGCCGCCUGGUUUUUAAGGUCAAUGUGUUUGAUCUCACUUGUUGCGAGAAGGAUUCUCAUGGCCUGUCAGAAACAUACAACAACAUUUAUGGAGAAGGACGUGCCCAAGAACCAAAUGGCGAUGGAGUGCAACUCCACAAACAUGAAAAAGUGACGAUGGACAAAAAGAGAAAGAGAGAGACUAAGGGGGUGAAUAUAUCUUCAAGGGAGCAGUGUCCUCAAUUUACAAAGAAAAUAAGGCCCUACAAUAUACGUGCACAAAGCCCAAUGAUG